AGAUGAUGUGGAGAGCGGCGAUUAUUUGCCACCAAGAUGCAUCCAAAUUCAGUGCAGACUUAUUUGCUCCAGUGGACGGCAGCAAGAGAUUGCGAAUGAUAUAUCGGAGGCUUUAGCGAAUUCAAAUAACAACCUUCCGUGUGAUAUCAUUGACGAGUUAUAUUUGUACAACUAUGAAUUUGUUAAUGAUUCAUUGCCAGUCGGAUUCUUGUCCACGUACACCAACAAGAUCAAAAUGAUAUAUCUGGCCAUCUCAAAUAUCAAAUACAUUCAGAACGGAGCCUUUGGCGGGGGCAUAUUCUAUCACAUCAUGCUCGAAGAACUUCAACUGGAGCAAUUAAAUAAGGACGUUUUUGCGAACAUCUCGUCAGACCUGAAGGAAAUCACAAUCAUUCAACAUAAUAGGGAUCUGGAAAGUAUACAUCCCGAAUUCUUGGAUAAUAUGAUAUUCCAAAUUGAGUACCUCAGGCUGGAAGUUGGCAUAGAUUGUAUACGCAAUGUGACAGGCAUUGGACACAAUCUAGGGGCCAUCGUCCAUGCCGACUUCAGCCACAACAACUUUGCCGAUAAACUACUGGAGGACACGUUCAAGAAACUAACCAUGGUCGAGCGACUCUUUCUGUCCCACUCGAAUAUCAUGUAUUUGCCCAGCUAUAUAUUUCAAGGCAUGAAAUAUUUGAAAUUACUGGACAUAUCGAACAAUAAACUUAUUACAAUAUCCAAGACAAUAUUCGGUAUACAGAAGAUUUCGCCUAAUUUGAAAAUUUACGCUAACAACAAUAACUGGCACUGCGAUUGCCAGCUGCAGCAGGAAAUGGACGAGAUCUUUGUGUAUCAAAACGACAAUUGGGAUAUGAUUUGUGCCUCGCCAGAGGAGUUUCUAAACUAUUCGGUAUUCGAUGAGCGUAUAUGUAAAUAUGAUUCUGGUAAUACCGCACAAUCACCGCCAAUGAUUACAACAACUACGACCACAAGACUAACAACAACAACAACUCCAUUUUGGAGCACUACUACUACCAGGACGACGACUAUGAUGACCACUAGGACGAUGACAGCGACGAAUUCCAAGUCGACGACUUGGAGGACUACUACUACUCCAACGACAACGACCGAGUACAACUUUCUGCCAACAAUCUCAACGGCCUCAACUGUUAAUCCCAGCGAGCUCGUGCCCAUGAAGUGUUCGGCUAGCACGAACAAUGUCAGAUGGCCGCAAAUAGACUUCAUUCCCACAUACUUUGGCGGAGUCACUGUGAAAAUCAGCGUGGAGCAGAGCGACAGUCAGAGCUCUGUUGGCGCCUUUUGGUUCUCGAAGACAACAAAGGAAUACUACAAGAUGGAGAUGCUGCCCGAUGAGUUCGGUCUCGGCUGCUAUUUCACCAUUCCACUGCAAACGAUUGUCACAAACCUCGCACCAAAUGCGGCGUACACCUUCUGCCUGGUCGUGGAUGGCCACAACACCGUCUCGCCCUUCAGCUGCAAGUCCGUGAAGGUUGGCAGCAAUCUGAAUACAUACUAUAAUUCCUGGUCCCCAAAAAGGAUGCUGGCCAAGGGUAUUUCUUUAAUGGUGCUCGGCGUCGUUGUCUUCAUGCUAAUCGGCAUUAUGUCCAUGUAUUUGGUGUUGAAGAAGAAACCAGGUUGGCUAAAGGGCAGCAAACGCAUCGUCAAGCCCAAACAUAACUCGGACGAAAUAAUCGUCUUACCCCGAUCAAAAGCAGCGCAGAAGUUCCAUUACAAGGAAAAGUCUAUGACACAACACAGCAGCCAGCAUAGGUUCUGCUCAUUUUUACCGCGACGCAACUCAAUGGAGAGCGUGGCCAGCAGCGACAGCUAUAUAAAUCAAAAUGUCUACGAAGUUAUUCCGACAUAUAUAACAUUUGAUAAAAUACCGCAAGUCGAAGCACCCGCACAGCCCUCACCUAAAAUAUUCAACAAUUACCAGAGUCGCUCAGCCCUGCCGCAUAGAGAAAGUGUGAGAUAUGCGCAGAUAUCGCCGCGAACGAAGCGCAUUUCCAGUGAUCCAUUGCCCUCGCUUCCCAUUGACUUAUGAUGGGCCCGAACAAUAUCUAUAUACUAGACCAGUAUACCUUGCUAAU